AGUGUCGGUGUGCGGCGCGUUUCUAUGGCUGCGGUGGAUUGACGGAGCGCAGCGGCAGCAGCAGCCGGGCUCUGAGCGCUCUUCAUCGGCCAUGGCGGAAAGCGGAGACGCGGAGGACGAGAUUCAGUUCUUGCGGACCGAUGAUGAGGUGGUCCUGCAGUGUGUUGCCUGCAUUCAGAAAGAGAACCGUAAAUUCUGUCUGAGCGCUGAGGGUUUGGGGAACCGACUUUGUUACCUGGAGCCCACGUCAGAAGCCAAGUAUGUUCCUCCAGAUCUGUGUAUCUGUAGUUUUGUGCUGGAGCAGUCGCUGUCUGUGCGUGCGCUACAGGAGAUGCUCGCCAAAACCGGACAAAACAACGACCAGUUUGUUAGAAAGGCGGCGCAGGGCGGAGGUCACAGGACGUUACUGUACGGUCACGCUGUCCUGCUCAGGCACUCCUUCAGUGGAAUGUAUCUGACCUGCUUGAAGACCUCAAGAUCUAUGACAGAUAAAUUGUCUUUUGAUGUGGGACUGCAAGAGGACUCGACAGGAGAGGCGUGCUGGUGGACGAUUCAUCCUGCGUCUAAACAGAGAUCAGAGGGUGAGAAAGUUCGAAUUGGAGAUGAUCUCAUACUCGUCAGUGUUUCAUCUGAACGAUAUCUACAUCUGUCCAUAUCCAAUGGCAACAUCCAGGUGGACGCGUCCUUCAUGCAGACACUGUGGAACGUCCAUCCCACCUGCUCCGGGAGCAACGUGGAGGAAGGAUACCUUCUUGGUGGUCAUGUGAUGCGUCUUUUUCACGGCCACGAUGAAGUGCUGACAAUCCCAGGAUCUGAUCAGAGUGAGGAAGAGCAGAGGAUAGUGAACUAUGAGACUGGUAAAGCUGGAACUAAAGCUCGAUCUCUCUGGAGACUGGAACCGUUACGGAUCAGUUGGUGUGGAAGUCACAUCCGCUGGGGCCAACCCUUUCGUCUGCGUCACCUGACCACUGGUCACUACCUGGCGCUGUCCGAAGACAGAGGAGUCAUGCUGCAGGAGAGAGAGAGAUCGGACACCACGUCCACUGCAUUCUGCUUCAGAGCUUCAAAGGAAAAGUUGGAAUGCACUGUGAAGCGUGAUGUGGAGGGGAUGGGUGUAGCAGAAAUCAAAUAUGGAGACUCUCAGUGUUUCGUGAUGCAUGUGGCAACGGGACUGUGGCUGUCUUAUCAAGCGCCAGACGUCAAAUCGGCUCGACUGGGACCUCUCAAACGACGAGCGUGUCUUCAUUCAGAGGGACACAUGGAUGACGGUUUGACGUUACAACGUUGUCAACAUGAAGAGUCACGAGCUGCUCGAAUCAUCCGCAACACCACACGACUCUUCAGUUGCUUCAUCAGAGAACUGGACCGUUUGAGUGGUACGAACCGUGUGUGCGUGCUUCUGCCCAUCGAAGAGGUUCUUCAGACGCUCAAUGAUCUCAUCACGUACUUCAGACUGCCCGAAGCCGAGCUGGAACAUGAGAAGAAACAGAUCAAACUGCGUUCACUAAUGAACCGUCAGAAUCUCUUCAAACAGGAGGGGAUGCUGUCUCUGGUGUCUUACUGCAUCGAUCGGUUGAGUGUUUAUAACAGUGCGGCUCAUUUCAGUGAGUGUGCGGGUGAAGAGGCCAGUGCGGCGUGGAAAGACAUUCUCAACCUGCUCUACGAGCUGCUGGCCGCUCUCAUCAGAGGAAACAGGAAUAACUGUACACAGUUCUCACAGAAUCUGGAUUGGCUGGUCAGUAAACUGGAGAGACUGGAGUCUUCUUCAGGGAUCUUGGAGGUUCUUCACUGUAUUCUGAUUGAGAGUCCUGAAGCUCUGAACGUCAUCCAGAGAGGACACAUAAAGACCAUCAUCUCGCUGCUCUAUAAACACGGACGCAACCACAAGAUCCUGGACGUUCUCUGCUCUCUCUGUGUGUGUAACGGAGUCGCUGUCAGAGCCAAUCAGAAUCUGAUCUGUGAUCACCUGCUGCCCAAACGAGACCUGCUCCUGCAAACACGAUUGGUCAACGACGUACAAAGCAUGCGGCCCAAUAUCUUCGUAGGCGUCAGUGAAGGUUCAGCCCAGUACAGGAAGUGGUACUUUGAGCUGGUGAUCGAUCAGGUGGAUCAUUUCAUGACGGGCGAGCCGUCACACCUGCGGGUGGGCUGGGCAUCCACUAAAGGUUACGCCCCUUACCCGGGCGGAGGAGAGGGGUGGGGGGGCAACGGGGUCGGUGAUGAUCUCUACUCCUACGGCUUUGAUGGACUCCACCUGUGGUCAGGACGGAUUCCACGGACCGUUGCGUCAGUCAAGCAGCACAUGUUAAUGUCUGAUGAUGUGGUCAGCUGUUGUAUGGAUCUGAACGCUCCCAGUAUCUCCUUCAGGAUCAAUGGACAGCCCGUGCAGGGAAUGUUCGAGAACUUCAACAUCGAUGGGCUGUUUUUCCCCGUGGUCAGCUUCUCCGCUGGGGUCAAGGUGCGUUUCCUGUUAGGUGGUCGUCAUGGAGAUUUUAAGUUCCUGCCUCCGUCGGGUUACGCGCCGUGUUAUGAAGCUCUGCUGCCGAAGGAGAAGAUGCGAGUCGAGCCGGUGAAAGAGUACAAGAGAGACGCCGAUGGAGUGAGAGACUUACUGGGCAACACACACUUCACCUCACAGGCAUCGUUCAUACCCAAACCUGUGGACACAUCACAGAUCGUCAUGCCUCCUCAUCUGGAGAAGGUUCGAGAUCGUUUGGCUGAAAACAUCCAUGAGCUGUGGGGCGUGAACAAGAUCGAGCUGGGCUGGUCGUACGGGAAGAUCAGAGAAGAUAAUAAGCGUCAGCACCCAUGUCUGGUGGAAUUCUCCAAACUGCCUGAAACUGAGAAGAACUACAACUUACAGAUGUCGACAGAAACACUCAAGACUGUACUGGCUUUGGGUUGUCAUGUUGUUCAGGUGAAACUGAAUGCUGAAGAGGAACUGAAGAAACUCAAACUUCCAAAGAACUAUUUGAUGUCUAAUGGAUAUAAACCCACACCGCUGGAUCUGUCUGAUGUGAAACUGACCCCGGCUCAGGAGCUGCUGGUGGACAAACUGGCGGAGAACGCUCAUAAUGUCUGGGCCAAAGACCGCAUCAAACAGGGCUGGACCUACGGCAUACAACAGGAUGUGAAAAGCAAGCGUAACCCUCGUCUGGUGCCAUAUGCUUUACUCGAUGAGCGCACCAAGAAGUCGAACCGUGACAGCCUCAGGGAGGCCAUACGCACUCUCAUUGGAUACGGAUACAACAUCGAGCCGCCUGACCAAGAUGCUGGUCAUGUGGUGGAGCGGUUGAGUAUUGAUAAGAUCCGGUUCUUCCGUGUGGAGCGGACAUACGCAGUGAAGACCGGUAAAUGGUAUUUUGAGUUUGAGGCGGUGACGGGAGGAGACAUGAGGGUCGGGUGGGCUCGACCCGGCUGUAAACCUGAUGUAGAACUCGGUACAGAUGAUCAGGCGUACGUGUUUGAUGGUUAUCGGGGUCAUCGGCUCCACAUGGGCAGCCGUCUGUUUGGCCGCUGUUGGCACGCUGGUGACGUGGUUGGCUGUAUGAUCAACAUGGAGGACAAAUCAAUGAUCUUCACCCUCAACGGAGAAAUCCUGAUCACUAACAAGGGCUCUGAACUCUGUUUCGCUGACUUUGACAGUAAUGAUGGUUUCAUCCCCGUGUGUAGUUUGGGUCUGUGUCAGGUUGGUCGUAUGAAUCUCGGUAAAGACGCCAGCACGUUUAAAUACUACACCAUGUGUGGACUGCAGGAGGGCUUUGAACCAUUUGCCGUCAACAUGAAUCGUGAGGUCACCAUGUGGUUUAGUAAACGUCUGCCGACCUUCUUCAACGUGCCAAAAGAUCACAAGCACAUAGCGGUCACCAGAAUCGACGGGACUAUCGACAGCCCACCGUGUCUGAAGGUCUCCCAUAAGAUGUUUGGCACUCAGAACAGUAACGCUGACAUGGUGUUCUGCAGAUUGAGUAUGCCCGUCGAGUUUCACUCCAGCUUCAAGAGCAGCAUCUACGCUCACGUGAACGGAGUGCAUGAGGAGGAACCGCUCAAACUCAAACACAGGUAUCCCGUGAAGUCAAUGAAACACUCAGAUGAAGGAAGGAGAACUGACUACAGCAACAUCACUACAUAUUAUUAUUCAGUGCGAGUAUUCGCUGGUCAAGAUCCAUCAUGCGUGUGGGUUGGUUGGGUCACCCCUGACUACCAUUACUAUAGCAACCACUUCAAUCUCGGCAAGAACCGUACUGUAACGGUUACCCUUGGAGACGAGAGGGGCCGCGUGCACGAGAGUGUGAAGAGGAGUAACUGUUACAUGGUUUGGGGUGGUGAUGUCAACAGUGCUGCUCAUUCCACCAGCAGGAGUAAUGUGGAUCUAGAGAUUGGAUGCCUUAUUGAUUUGGCAACGGGGCUGUUAGCUUUCACAGUCAAUGGCAAAGAACUUCCGAGCUCAUAUCAGGUGGAGCCCAGUACUAAACUCUUUCCUGCUGUGUUUGUACGGCCAACGAGUUCCAGUCUGUUCCAGUUUGAACUGAGCAAAAUCAAGAAUGCGAUGCCCAUUUCCUCUGCCAUCUUUAAGAGUGAGCACAAGAAUCCUGUUCCUCAAUGUCCACCUCGUCUGGACGUCCAGACCAUCAAUUCAGUGCUGUGGAGCCGAAUGCCAAACACAUUCCUGAAGGUGGAGACGACUCGCGUCAGUGAGAGACACGGAUGGAUGGUGCAGUGUCUGGAGCCGCUACAGAUGCUCGCUGUACACAUUCCAGAGGAGAACCGGUGUGUGGAUAUUAUGGAGUUAUCUGAACAAGAAGACUUGCGUAAAUUCCACUAUCACACACUGAAACUCUACUGCGCUCUGUGUGCACACGGAAACACGCGUGUAGCUCAUGCCCUCUGCAGCCAUCUCGACCAAUCACAGCUCCUGUACACCAUCGACAACCAAUACCUGUCAGGCAUGCUUCGUGAGGGCUUCUACAACGUUCUCAUCAGUGUGCACCUGGAGACGGCCCGGGCCGCUCGCCUCAUGAUGAACAACGAGUUCAUCGUCCCCAUCACCGCCGAGACGCGCAGCAUUCGACUCUUUCCUGAUGCGUCCAAACGGCACCAGCCUCCAGGCGUCGGCCUCAGCACCUCCCUCAAACCCAGACUCAACUUUGCUCCACCCUGUUUCAUAAGCACCAAACGUGACCAGCACCUGUACAGUCCUGAAGUCCCAUUGGACAUUCUGAAGGAGAAGGCCAUCAGCAUGCUGACGGAGGCGGUGCAGGGUGGAGGGGAUCACAUUAGAGACCCUGUCGGUGGGAGUGUGGAGUAUCAGUUCGUGCCCAUUCUACGGCUCAUUAGCACGCUGCUGACGAUGGCCGUCCUGACCAGCGAUGACGUGCACAAGAUCUUACUGCUCAUUGAGCCCAAUGUGUUUGGAGAACAGAUGGUUGAAGGACUGAGAGAUGCGACAAUGAAAGAAGGUCUGACUGGAGCCGAAGAGAAAGCUGUGGAAGCAGGAGAGGAAGAAGCUAAAGACAGUAAAGUUCUGAUGAAGGGACUGCUGGAGAAGAAACUACCAGAGUCUGUUAAACGACAGAUGUGUGAACUCCUGCAUUAUUUCUGUGACUGUGAGUUGAGACAUCGGAUUGAAGCCAUCGUGUCGUUCUCUGAUAGUUUCGUCUCAAAGCUGCAGUACAACCAGAAGUUUCGUUAUAAUGAGCUGAUGCUCGCUUUGAACAUGUCUGCUGCCGUCACUGCCAAAAAGACCAAAGAGUUUCGCUCGCCGCCGCAGGAACAGAUUAACAUGCUGUUGAACUUUAAUAUGGGUGAAGAUUGUCCGUGCCCAGGAGACAUACAGGAAGAACUGUAUGACUUUCACAGCGAACUGCGACUGCACUGCGGAGUUCCAGUGGAGGAGGACGAGGAAGAUCUGGACUCAUCCAUUAAAGGUCGACUGCUCGCUCUCGUCUAUAAGAUCAAAGGUCAACCACAGAAAUCUGAAACACAGCCCACAGAGAAAGAGCAGACCGCUCCCUCGAAUCUGAAGGAGUUGAUCUCUCAGACGAUGGUGAGCUGGGCUCAGGAGACUCACAUUCAGGACCCAGAGCUGGUGCGAGUGAUGUUCAGUCUGCUCAGGAGACAGUACGACAGCAUCGGCGAGCUGCUCCGGGCCAUGAGGAAAACCUACACCAUCAGCGCCGGCUCUGUACAAGACACCAUCCACCUGCUCGCAUCGCUGGGACAGAUCCGAUCGCUGCUCAGUGUCCGCAUGGGCAAAGAGGAGGAGCAACUCAUGAUUGACGGCCUGGGUGACAUCAUGAAUAAUAAAGUGUUCUACCAGCAUCCAAACCUCAUGAGAGUUCUGGGGAUGCACGAGACCGUCAUGGAGGUGAUGGUGAAUGUACUGGGAGGAGGAAAAUCACAGGAAAUUGCUUUUCCUAAAAUGGUGGCGAGCUGCUGUCGCUUCCUGUGUUACUUCUGUCGAAUCAGUCGUCAGAAUCAGAAGGCCAUGUUUGAUCAUCUGAGUUAUCUGCUGGAGAACAGCAGUGUUGGACUGGCGUCUCCGUCCAUGAGAGGUUCGACACCUUUAGAUGUUGCUGCUUCAUCUGUGAUGGAUAAUAACGGUCUGGCUCUUGCGCUGGAGGAACCCGACCUGGACAAGGUUGUGACGUAUCUGGCGGGUUGUGGACUGCAGAGUUGUCCCAUGCUCAUAGCUAAAGGAUAUCCAGAUAUCGGCUGGAACCCUAUUGAGGGAGAACGAUACCUCUCCUUCCUGCGAUUCGCUGUGUUUGUCAACGGUGAGAGUGUGGAGGAAAAUUCCAGUGUGGUGGUGAAGCUUCUGAUUCGUCGACCGGAGUGUUUUGGCCCCGCCCUGCGAGGAGAGGGGGGAAACGGGCUGCUUGCGGCCAUGAAGGAAGCUAUUAAGAUCUCAGAGAACCCAUCGCUGGAUCUGCCCAGUACAGGCCCGGGUCACGCUUCAGACGUAUCCACUGAGGGUGAGGAGGAAGAGGAAGUGGUUCACAUGGGAAAUGCGAUUUUGUCCUUCUACUCGGCUCUGAUCGAUCUGUUAGGCCGUUGUGCUCCUGAGAUGCACUUGAUCAAUAAGGGUAAAGGUGAAGCUCUGAGGAUUCGUGCCAUCCUAAGGUCUCUCGUACCAACUGAGGAUCUGGUUGGCAUCAUUAGUAUUCCUCUGAAGAUGCCGGUGCUCAAUAAAGAUGGCAGUGUGACGGAGCCCGACGUGUCUGCCACUUUCUGCCCGGACCACAAGGCCCCUAUGGUGCUGUUUUUGGACCGUGUUUAUGGUAUAGAGGAUCAGAGCUUCCUUUUGCAUCUGUUAGAGGUCGGCUUCCUGCCUGACCUUAGAGCAUCCGCCUCACUGGACACGGAAGCUCUCCGGACGACUGAAACGGCUCUGGCGAUGAAUCGGUACAUUGGUUCUGCCAUGUUGCCUCUGCUCACCCGCUGUGCCCCUCACUUCUCUGGCACAGAGCAUCACGCCAUGCUCAUCGACUCGACUCUCUACACCAUCUACAGACUGUCCAAGGGCUGUUCACUCACCAAAGCCCAGAGAGACGCUAUAGAGGAGUGUUUACUCGCCGUCUGCAAGUACCUGAGACCGUCCAUGUUGCAGCAUCUUCUGCGUCGGCUGGUGUUUGAUGUGCCGCUGUUAUCGGAAUACUGUAAGAUGCCACUGAAGUUGUUGACGAAUCAUUACGAGCAGAACUGGAAGUAUUACUGUCUGCCCUCGGGAUGGGGCAGUUACGGUCUGGCGUCUGAGGAAGAACUUCUGCUCACCAAGAAAAUCUUCUGGGGCAUCUUUGAUUCGCUCUCUCAAAAGAAGUAUGAACAGGAGCUGUUUAAAAUGGCCAUGCCGUGUCUGAGUGCCAUUGCUGGAGCUCUUCCGCCGGACUAUAUCGACUCGUCUCUCAGCACCACACUGGAGAAACCGGUGUCUGUAGACGCACAGGGAAACUUCGAGCCCAAACCCAUUAACACGGCCAACAUCUGUCUGCCUGAAAAACUGGAACACAUUGCAAACAAAUAUGCAGAACAUUCCCAUGAGAAAUGGUCCUCUGAGAAGGUGAUUCUGGGCUGGAAAUAUGGAGAGAAUAUUGAUGAAAAAGCCAAAACGCACUCAAUGCUCAGAUCAUACAAAUCACUCACAGAGAAGGAGAAAGAGGUUUAUCGCUGGACGGUGCGUGAGUCAUUGAAGAGCAUGUUAGCGAUGGGUUGGAGUAUCGACAGAACUAAAGAAGGAGAAUCCAUGUUUCAGCAGAGAGAGAUUGAGAAGAUGCGGCGAAUAUCACAAGCGUCUCAGGGUAACAGCUUCAGUCCAGCUCCACUAGACAUGAGCAACGUCCUGCUGUCAAGAGAACUUCAGUCGAUGGUUGAAGUUGUGGCUGAAAACUAUCACAACAUCUGGGCAAAGAAAAAGAAGAGUGAGCUGGGAACAAGAGGUGGAGGAACUCAUCCUCUGCUGGUGCCGUAUGACACACUCACAGCUAAAGAGAAAGCCAAAGAUCGAGAGAAAGCUCAAGACCUGUUCAGAUUUCUGCAGAUUAAUGGAUACGCCAUCACCAGAGGUUUGAAGGAUAUGGAACAAGAUUCUUCCUCCAUGGAGAAACGCUUCGCCUAUAAAUUCCUGAAGAAGUUGCUGAAAUAUGUCGACUCAGCUCAGGAGUUUAUUGCUCACCUCGAGGCGAUGGCCACCAGUGGAAAGAACGACAAAUCACCACAUGAACAAGAAAUCAAGUUCUUUGCGAAGGUGCUCCUCCCCCUCAUUGAUCAGUACUUUAAAAACCACUCCCUCUACUUCCUGUCAUCGCCCACUAAGAAUCUGAGCAGCAGUGGAUACGCAUCUAAUAAAGAGAAAGAGAUGGUCACCAGUCUGUUCUGUAAGCUGGCCGCUCUGGUUAGACACAGGAUUUCUCUCUUUGGAAGUGACUCCACCACUAUUGUCAGCUGUCUGCAUAUUCUCGCACACACACUGGACACCAGGACGGUUAUGAAGUCCGCUUCUGAGCUGGUUAAAGCCGGUUUGAGGACGUUCUUUGAGAAUGCCGCUGAAGAUCUGGAGAAGACCCUGGAGAACCUGAAGCUGGGGAAGUUCACUCACUCUCGCAGUCAGAUGAAGGGAGUGUCACAGAACAUCAACUACACGACCGUCGCUCUGCUGCCCAUCCUCACGGCACUGUUUGAACACAUCACUGAACAUCAGUUUGGAUCAGACCUGCUGUUGGAUGAUGUCCAGGUGUCGUGUUAUCGAAUCCUGACCAGUUUGUACUCGCUGGGGACGGGAAAAAAUAUCUAUGUGGAGAGGCAGCUUCCAGCGUUGGGCGAGUGUUUGGCGACUCUUGCGGGUGCGAUGCCCGUGGCGUUUUUAGAACCGCAGUUGAACAAACACAACACCUGUUCUGUGUUCAACACCAAGACAUCUCGUGAACGAGCCAUUCUAGGAAUGCCGGAGUGUGUGGAUGAGAUGUGUCCUGAUAUGCCUCGUCUGGAUGGUUUGAUGAAGGACAUUAAUGACAUGUCAGAGUCGGGCGCUAGAUACACUGAGAUGCCGCACGUCAUUGAGGUGGUGCUGCCCAUGCUGUGUAACUAUCUGUCGUACUGGUGGGAGCGUGGACCAGAGAACCGCUGUGAGAGCGCCGCCGUCUGUAGCACCACCGUCACGUCUGAACAUCUGAGUGUCAUCCUCGGGAACAUCUUAAAGAUCCUCAACAGUAAUCUGGGCAUCGACGAGGCAUCCUGGAUGAAACGCAUCGCAGUUUAUGCUCAGCCGAUCAUCAGUAAAGCACGAGCAGACCUGCUGAAGACUCACUUCCUACCCACACUGGAGAAACUGAAGAAGAAGACGGUGAAAGUGGUGAUGGAGGAGGAGCUUCUGAAAGCCGAUGGCAAAGGCGACACCCAGGAGGCGGAGCUUCUCAUUCUCGAUGAGUUUGCGGUGCUGUGCAGAGAUCUGUACGCAUUCUAUCCGAUGCUUAUCCGCUACGUAGACAACAACAGGUCUCGUUGGCUGAAGGAACCCGACGCCGAUUCAAACGAACUCUUCAGGAUGGUGGCAGAGAUUUUCAUCCUGUGGUGCAAAUCACACAAUUUCAAAAGGGAAGAGCAGAACUUUGUUGUUCAGAAUGAAAUUAAUAAUCUGUCCUUUCUCACCGGUGACAGUAAAACCAAACUGGCAAAGUCGUUUCUUCCGAAGUCUGGAGGUCAGGAUCAGGAGAGGAAACACAAGAAGCGUCGUGGAGAUUUUUACUCCAUCCAAACGUCUCUGAUCGUCUCAGCUCUGAAGAAGAUGCUGCCCAUCGGUCUAAACAUGUGCACGCCCGGCGAUCAGGAGCUCAUCCUACUCGCCAAGACACGAUACAGCCUGAAAGACACGGAUGACGAAGUGAAGCAGCAUAUCAGACAGAACCUGCACCUGCAGGAAAAGUCUGAGGACCCCGCUGUUCGCUGGCAGCUCAAUCUUUACAAGGACGUGAUCGUGAAGACCGAGGAAACUUCAGAUCCAGAGAGAACGGUUGAGAGAAUCCAGAGUAUCUCAGCCGCUGUGUUUCAUCUGGAGCAGGUUGAGCAGCCGUUAAGAUCUAAGAAGUGUGUUUGGCAGAAGUUGUUGUCUAAACAGCGUAAGCGAGCUGUGGUGGCGUGUUUCAGAAUGGCACCACUUUAUAACCUGCCCAGGCAUCGCUCGAUUAACCUGUUCCUCACGGGUUAUCAGAGACUGUGGAUAGAAGCAGAGAUGUACUCGUUUGAGGAGAAACUAGUGCAGGAUCUCGCAAAGACACAGCCGAAGUCUGAUGAAGAGGAGGAGGAGAUCACAGACACUCAACCAGACCCUCUUCAUCAACUCAUCCUGCACUUCAGUCAUAACGCACUGACAGAACGCAGUUGUUUGGAAGAGGAUCAGCUGUACAUCGCUUAUGCAGAUAUGAUGGCAAAGAGUUGUGCUGAAAAUGAGGAAGAGGAUGAGGAAGGCAAAGAGAAAACAUUUGAGGAGAAGGAGAUGGAGAAGCAGAAGACUCUGUAUCAGCAAGCGAGACUUCAUGACAGAGGAGCAGCAGAGAUGAUCUUACAGAUGAUCAGUGCCAGUAAAGGUGGUUUGGGUUCAAUGGUGACGUUCACGCUGAAACUCGGCAUCUCCAUUCUCAACGGUGGAAACACUCUAGUUCAGCAGAAAAUGUUGGACUAUCUCAAGGAGAAACGAGACGUGGGAUUUUUCAAGAGCUUGUCAGGACUGAUGCAGUCGUGCAGUGUUUUGGAUCUGAACGCGUUUGAGCGUCAGAAUAAAGCCGAGGGUUUGGGAAUGGUGACUGAAGAGGGCUCCAUCAACGUGAGGGAGCGCGGUUCUAAAGUUCUUCAGAAUGACGAGUUCACCAAAGAUCUGUUCAGGUUUCUGCAGCUCUUGUGUGAGGGUCACAAUAACGAUUUCCAGAACUUUCUGAGAACACAGACCGGAAACACGACCACGGUGAAUAUCAUCAUCAGCACCGUGGACUAUCUGCUCCGACUGCAGGAGUCCAUCAGUGAUUUUUACUGGUAUUACUCUGGUAAAGAUGUCAUGGAUGAAGCCGGUCAGCGUAAUUUCUCUAAAGCUCUCGCUGUGGCCAAACAGAUCUUCAACUCACUCACUGAAUACAUUCAGGGUCCGUGUAUUGGGAAUCAGCAGAGUUUAGCUCACAGUAGACUCUGGGAUGCAGUUGUUGGAUUUCUGCAUGUUUUUGCCAACAUGCAAAUGAAGCUGUCACAGGACUCCAGUCAGAUCGAGCUGUUGAAGGAGUUGAUGGAUCUACAGAAGGACAUGAUCGUCAUGAUGCUUUCUCUGCUGGAAGGAAAUGUUGUUAACGGGACUAUCGGCAAACAGAUGGUGGAUACUCUAGUGGAGUCCUCCAACAAUGUUGAGAUGAUCCUGAAGUUCUUUGACAUGUUCCUAAAACUGAAAGAUCUAACCACCUCUGAAAACUUCAAAGAACACGAUCCCGACAGGAAAGGAGUUAUCUCCAAGAAAGAGUUCCAGAAGUCCAUGGAGAACCAGAAACAGUACUCACAAUCUGAGAUUGAGUUUCUGCUGUCCUGCGCUGAGGCCGACGAGAAUGACAUGUUCAAUUAUGAGGAGUUUGUGAAACGCUUCCACGAACCCGCGAAGGACAUCGGCUUCAACGUGGCGGUUCUGCUCACCAACCUAUCAGAGCACAUGCCUCACGAUUCCCGUCUCGCCACCUUCCUGAACUUAGCAGAGAGCGUCCUGAACUACUUUGAGCCCUUCCUGGGCCGCAUCGAGAUCAUUGGCGGCGCGAAGAGAAUCGAGCGAGUCUACUUUGAGAUCAGCGAGUCCAGCAGAACCCAAUGGGAGAAACCGCAGGUCAAAGAGUCCAAACGGCAGUUCAUCUUUGAUGUCGUCAACGAGGGCGGAGAAUCCGAGAAGAUGGAGCUGUUUGUGAACUUCUGCGAGGACACCAUCUUUGAGAUGCAGUUGGCGUCUCUGAUCUCUGAGCCGGAUGCUGCCGAGAGACCUGAGGAUGAUGAAGAUGAAGAUGCUCAGAGUGUGGCUGAGAAUCUAGAGGAGGAAGAGGAAGAUGGUGCACUGGAGUCUUCCUCAGCAUUCACUCUGGCCUGUGUCUCCAUGAGGAAGAGUCUGGCCAACCUCCGGCAGAUGUUGACCCUCAAGAGCAUGAAGAGGCAGUACAGGAGGUUGAGGAAGAUGAGCGUGAGGGAAAUGAUACGAGGGUUUUUCUACUUUUUCUGGAUGAUCUUCACCGGUAUGUUCCGCUUCUUCUACAACCUGAUGUGGGGGUUCUUCCACAUCCUGUGGUCCACCUUGUUUGGUGGAGGUCUCGUGGAAGGAGCUAAAAACAUGAAGGUGACGGAUAUUCUGGGCAACAUGCCUGAUCCCACACAGUUUGGGAUCCAUGGAGACGUUCUGGAGAUUGAGAAGCUGGAAUACUGUGACAUGUCUUCAGUAGCCGAGCUCAGACAUAUCGCAGCCGGAGAGCAGACUGAGAUGGACCUCAUGUCAGAACUCAUGAACAUUCAUCCCAGGAGAGAAGGAGGCAAACACGGGAUGGAGCCGGGUCUCGGAGACGUGUCAGAGGUGGUUGGAGAGGACACUCCUUCUUUAGCCAGCGCUGUACAUCAGAAGAAAGCUCAGGAAGCGGCCACUAAACAAGCAUCCGAGACUGAAACUAAAUGUGAAUCCGAGAAGGCAGAUAUGGAGGAUGGAGAGAAGAAAGACCAGGACAAGAGUAAAGAGGAAGUGCUCAAAGACCCGCUGUCAAAGGAAGACAAGAAGCCAAUGAAGAAAAGACGUGGACAGAGGAAAGAGCCGGCCGAGGCGUUCAUGGCAUCAUUUUUCGCCGGUCUGGAUGUCUAUCAGACUAAAAUGCUGAAUUAUCUGGCCAGAAACUUUUACAACCUGCGUUUCCUCGCUCUGUUUGUGGCGUUUGCCAUCAACUUCAUCCUGCUCUUCUACAAGGUGACCGGUGAGGACUCUGAUGAUCUGGACCCGUGGACUCGUCGAGAGGAAGAUGAUGAUGAAGGCGUUGUGGAGUAUUUUGUUCUUCAGGAGAGCACCGGUUACAUGGCACCGACUCUCCGAUUCCUCGCCGUCAUGCACACGCUCAUCUCGUUCCUCUGUGUGGUGGGAUAUUAUUAUCUGAAGGUGCCUUUGGUGGUUUUUAAGCGUGAGAAGGAAAUCGCUCGUAAGCUGGAGUUUGAUGGUUUGUACAUCACUGAACAACCGUCUGAUGAUGACAUUAAAGGACAGUGGGACAGACUCGUCAUCAACACACCAUCUUUCCCCAACAACUACUGGGACAAAUUUGUCAAACGCAAGGUCAUAAAUAAAUAUGGAGAUCUUUACGGUGCCGAGCGGAUCGCUGAACUGUUGGGUUUGGAUAAAAGUGCUCUGGACUUCAACCCAACUGAAGAGACGGUCAUUAAAGAUGCUUCACUGCUCUCCUGGUUGAGUUCCAUUGACACAAAGUAUCACAUCUGGAAAAUGGGCGUCGUGUUUACAGAUAAUUCUUUCCUGUAUCUGGUCUGGUACACCACCAUGUCUAUACUGGGACACUAUAAUAAUUUCUUCUUUGCUGCCCAUCUGUUGGACAUCGCCAUGGGCUUCAAAACCCUGAGGACCAUCCUCUCCUCCGUCACACACAACGGCAAACAGCUGGUGUUGACGGUCGGGCUGCUCGCUGUGGUCGUGUAUCUCUACACUGUCGUGGCGUUCAACUUCUUCCGCAAGUUCUACAACAAGAGCGCCGACGAGGACGAGCCUGAUAUGAAGUGUGAUGAUAUGAUGACUUGUUAUCUGUUUCACAUGUAUGUGGGCGUGCGAGCUGGUGGUGGUAUCGGUGAUGAAAUCGACGACCCAGCGGGUGACCCGUAUGAACUCUACCGGAUUCUGUUCGACAUCACCUUCUUCUUCUUUGUCAUUGUGAUUCUGCUGGCCAUCAUACAAGGUUUGAUCAUUGAUGCUUUUGGAGAGCUGAGAGACCAACAGGAACAAGUCAAAGAAGACAUGGAGACUAAAUGUUUCAUCUGUGGUAUUGGUAAUGAUUAUUUCGACACGACGCCGCACGGCUUUGAAAGUCACACGUUACAAGAGCACAACCUCGCAAACUACCUAUUCUUCUUGAUGUACCUGAUCAACAAAGAUGAAACUGAACACACCGGUCAGGAGUCGUACGUGUGGAAGAUGUAUCAGGAGAGAUGUUGGGAUUUCUUCCCAGCUGGUGAUUGUUUCCGUAAGCAGUACGAAGACCAGCUGGGUUAGACUGCAGAACCAGAACCUUCUUAAGAACCUGGACCUUCUGAAAACACAGAACCUAUUGAAGAACGACACAACGGCGUCUGACGUUUCCUGCGUUACCUCGAGAAAUAGUGCCAAUUUAGUCUUUCACUCUGUUUUGUUAGUUUCGAACAUUGUUUUUCGUUAUUGGUCAGAAAACAAGACAAAAUAAAAACUCUACACGUUGCCUUCUUCGACCCCAAAACCAUUGCACAAAGUUUUUUCAUCUCUUUUGAGAAACUCUUGGUUGCGUGGGGGUUACCAAACAACGUCUCCACACGUAUAUAUGCACAAGAAAUCUACUUCAGUGUUUGGAGAGCAUGAUGAACAAAUGAUGCCAAAAGUGCGCGUGAAGAAGAGAGCGUACAGUACAUGUGUUUCUAACAUUUCAGAUUUUCUUUUCCUGCUUGCUGAAAUACGGUGAGAACGAGCUCGUGUUUAUAAAGGGUUGGUUGGUCUUGCGAUGAAUUGUCUACUUAAAUAUCUUCAUGAAGUGCCUUACCUCCAUGACAUGUGAGCUAUGCAAGAUCUGUGGUUUCCUCUCUGAUGUUGUACUGCGGUAAAUGUCUGAACCGGACGAGAGUUUGAGGCGUUUGACUCGUGUUCAUGUGGAACGGGUGAUUUGGAGUGUCUCGUGGGUUUGUGGGCUGUUGUUGUCAUGUUCAAACAGAUGAAAAUAAUGUCCCGUCUCCUCAUGUAAAUGACACAGAACAUGGAAAUGCUCUUGUUUGGCUGUUUGUACGUCGUAGCUUUGCUGAGUUGUGCAUUUCUUUUGAAGGACAAAUAAAGAUAUUGA